CGUGAAAGGAGGUCGUAGAGGAAUAGUCAGUUAUGCUAGUGCUUGGUGAAUCUGCAUUUUUACAAGAUUAAAUAUAGGGUAGAGGAAGCAGUCAAAUAUGCAUUUUUCUCGAGCGAGAGGAAGGAUGACUCCUAGACCUGUCUUUGUCCCGUACUUGGGAAGAUAAGCCGUUAGUUUACAUUGCCAGGAUGAGAUUCAACUGAUCUGUUUUAGAGUAAAGAUCUUGGGGGCCCACAAGGAAUUUCCUUGUAAACAAGCCCCUUGGGGAGGUGUGUGGCUUUUGAUCUUAGUAGCUAUCUAUUUAGGAACAAAAUGGGAGGCAGUGUUGCCUGACUCAGUUUCCAAGCUUGACUCUUCCCUUUGGCAUAGUAAUUUUGGGGUCCGGAGAUUUUUAUUUUCCCUUCACAAGCUAACAGGAGCCUUUGGAGAGAAUGCUCUGGACCGGUGAGUGAGCCAUGAGUUCGGGCCACAGGCUCCGAAGCCGUGAAGCCUUGGUACGGAGCGGGUGGCGCUUCGAGGUCAGUGCCACAGGAGGGAGGUCAGGGCCAGCGUCAGACGUGGGGCCCCAUGGAGGGCGGAGUGGAGGCCCCUUCGUUCGGGGGCGGAGGGAUGACUCUGAGCAUUUAGAACUUUUGUGCAUCUCCCUGUGAGUGCAUCUCUUGGCCAGCGAGAUGCUUUGACACAGCCCCUUAAGCUAUUUUAAGAGCUAUCCCAUAAAGCCGGGAAGGCACACCGGGUGGAGCUGGCGGCCGCCCGGGGCAGGCACUUUUGAGCCAGGGAGGAAGCGGGGAGGGAAGGAGGGCGGGAAGGACGGGCGACCUACUUCCUGAAUCGCCUGCAAACGCCAGAGGAGCUCGGCCUGCGCUGCGCCACGAUGUCCCGGGAGUCUGCCAGGAGCCUGGGGAAGGGAAGCGCGCCCCCGGGGCCGGUACCGGAGGGCUCGAUCCGCGUCUACAGCAUGAGGUUCUGCCCGUUUGCUGAGAGGACGCUUCUGGUCCUGAAGGCCAAGGGGAUCAGGCAUGAAGUCAUCAAUAUCAACCUGAAAAAUAAGCCUGAGUGGUUCUUUAAGAAAAAUCCCUUUGGUCUGGUGCCAGUUCUGGAAAACAGUCAGGGUCAGCUGAUCUAUGAGUCUCCCAUCACCUGUGAGUACCUGGAUGAAGCAUACCCAGGGAAGAAGCUGUUGCCGGAUGACCCCUAUGAGAAAGCUUGCCAGAAGAUGAUCUUAGAGUUGUUUUCUAAGGUGCCAUCCUUGGUAGGAAGCUUUAUUAGAAGCCAAAAUAAAGAAGACUAUGCUGGCCUAAAAGAAGAAUUUCGUAAAGAAUUUACCAAGCUAGAGGAGGUUCUGACUAAUAAGAAGACGACGUUCUUUGGUGGCAAUUCUAUCUCUAUGAUUGAUUAUCUCAUCUGGCCCUGGUUUGAACGGCUGGAAGCAAUGAAGUUAUAUGAGUGUGCAGACCACACUCCAAAACUUAAACUGUGGAUGGCAGCCAUGAAGGAAGAUCCCACAGUCUCAGCCCUGCUCAUUAGUGGGAAGGACUGGCAAGGUUUCCUAGAGCUUUACUUACAGAACAGCCCUGAGGCCUGUGACUAUGGGCUCUGAAGGGGGCAGGAGUCAGCAAUAAAGCUAUGUCUGAUGUUUUCCUUCACUAAUAUGAA